ACAGAUCACGUGACUGGGUGGAACCUUUUCUGUCGUCGAAGGUUUUUUUUUGAGUUUAAGAAGCAGAUAACAUUAAAUGAAUACGAAUAUUAAUCGAUUAAUCGUCAUCUGAACAUUCCAGAAUACAUUAUAACUAAGGAUUCAUCAGUGAAAAUCGGAAAUGGAGAGAAAUAUUAUGAUCAUUUUUGAAUUCUUUGUUCUAUUUUUCUGUUCUAUCGUAACUGAAGAAAGGAAACUGGCUGAAAACAUUAUUUUAUUAAAUUCAUUGCUGGAUUUUAAAGGAAUAUAUUUAUGAAUAUACAUAUUAAGAAUAAACAUUGGAUUUAUACACAUGGAAGAAUUUUAGUAUGUUUAAUGCAUCAAAAUUAUAUUUAUGCAUUUAAAUCUAAAAGACUUUAUUUAUUUUUUGAAGAGAUGAUGUGCAAAAUUUGGAAGAAAUGUGGCCAGAUAAAUGUGUAAACCAAUCUAGUAUUUCUAAAACUGUCACAAAAAAUAAAUCAAAAAAUUUGCUUAUUAGUAGUAAAUAUGAUGGUGAUGAUAAAACAUGUAAUUCAAAAAAAGAUCAUCACGUAAAUCAACAUAAAAAUGAAAUAAAUGCUUCUAGUGAAAAUUUGAAAUCGUGUAUUGCACAAAGAGUAUCAGAUAUAUUUUGCAAAUCAGAAAAUGGUGAUGAAUCAGGAUUAUCCAGUCAAAAAAAUAAAACAAAAAAAUUAAAUGAUGUAUCUUUAACUGCAUUUGUUCAGAAAUGUGCAGAUCCCAUAGAUGGAGAAAUCUAUAUAAAGAAAACUUGUAAUGAAGUAAUUAAAAACAAAAAGUGUUCUACUGAAUGUCCACAAGAUGAAGAUUCCACACCAAAUAGUACCUCAACUGAAACAAAUGUUCCUGUUAACAAUGUAUGUAGUAUUGCUGAUUCACAGAUAAAUUCUUCAAAUGUUCCUCAUGUUAAUAUCCCUCUGAAAACUGCAACACACAAUGAUUUAUGUCAGCUAAGUACAAAUGUGCUUCCUCCCUAUAUUCCCCCAUCUAGUUCUACAUUCCAGAAAAAUCAAAACCAGGAAAAAUUUAAUUGUAUAGAUUGUGGUGAUCAAUUUAUGUUAGAAACCAGUUUGAGUCGUCAUUUGGAAAGAAGAUCAGUGUUAGCAAAGCUCUCAUGUGAAAGUUGUGGGAAAUUAUUAGUUUACUAUAAUCGUUGUGCCCUACUUGCUCAUAUCAGGUCACAUCAAGAAAAGGGUGAGUGUUCUGAUAUAAGAAAUGCUACUGUAGUGCCUCUUCCUAGAGAACUGAUGGAUGGAUUUAGCUAUUCUUCAACUUCGUCAACAGGAGAAACUAUAAUGACAGAUAAGACUGAUGAUAUACAAAGUACAGAUCUACAUAAUUCAUUGAAAAAAUUUAGAUGUCCAGAGUGCAAUGUACUCAUUGACAGUACUAAAUCAAGAGAAAAUCAUUUUGGAAGUAAUCAUAAUUUACCUCUUCAAGCAGCAAUAUGCUCUAAAUGUAAUAUGACUUGUCCAACAAAAUGUAGUUUAGUAGCACACCAGAGAAUUCAUCUUCAUGGUCGUCCAUAUAUUUGUCCAGAAUGUGGGGAAUGUUUUAUUGGAACAUGGGAGAGAUUUCAGCAUCAUUUAAAAUUAAAAUGUUUGCAUUUUUCACGUCUUGUAGGAUAUAAAUGUUCAUUAUGCAGCAUUUUAUAUGAUUCUACCGAUUUGCUUCAACUUCAUAUAAUUGACAUGCAUUCAGAAGCAUAUUACAAAUGUCAAGCAUGUCCAAUGGCUUUUAAAGCACCAGCAACUUUUGAUACUCAUAGAAAAUCAUCUCAUCCUACAACAGAUAUCCAGUGCACUAUUAUUACAAAAUGUCCACUAUGUGAUACUGUUUUUCAUAGCAGAGAAAUUUUACAAAAUCACUUAGAAGCACACAUAAAAGAUCAACUUCAUAAUACAAAAUUUGUUUUUAAAUGUCCUGAAUGUGAUGAAUUAUUAGAAACUAAACCUUCACUCUCUUUACAUAUUCAGCAAUUUCAUCCUCAUCUUGUUUCACAAAAAGUGUGUUCUCAGUGUGGUUUAACAUUUUCAUCAUCAAGAGGACUUAAGGAACAUACAAAAGAUGUUCAUCAAGGUCGUAAUGGUCAUUUUACCACAAAAUGUGGUAUGUGUCAUCGUAAAUUUCAAACUAUUCAUGGUUAUAGAAUUCAUCGUCAAAGAUGUCAUGGUACUUUGACUUUAAGAUGUGCUACUUGUGGUGAAACAUCAGCUAAUAAAAUUGAAUUAGCCUCACAUGGUAUGCAGCAUUUGAAAGAAGGAAUACACAUAUGUCUGGUGUGUAACAAUGAAAAAUAUUCAGAUAGCAAUGCCUUAUUGGCACAUCUGCAACAUCAUGCAAAAAGCACAAAAUAUCCUAAUCAGUGUCUACAGUGUAUGCAAACACUGAAUGAUGCAAAAGAAGCUUUUUCACAUUUAAAGGAAGAACAUAAACUUACGGUUUUUCAUUGUACAAAGUGUGACAUUUCUUAUGAAAGUUCUGUUCGUCUAGCCCGACAUCAGAAGGUGAUGCACGAAGAGUUUGGCCUGAAAAAACGGCAUGUAUGCUGGAUUUGUAAAGAAUACGGUUUCAGUAAACGUGCAAUUUUGAAAAGGCACAUUGUGAGUAAACAUAGUAUUCCCGAAGAUGAGAUUGAUUUUAGUCAAGCACCACAUCCACCAAUCAAAAUUCGCAUUCCACUACUGGCAGUCAAGCGUCAUUAUAGCUGUGAUGAUAAAUUGGGCUCACAAGAUAGUCCCUUAACAAAAAAGUGUUUAAAUGUAAACAAACAGUAUAUUUGUGCUAAAUGUGAUUUUCGUUCCUCAAAUUCAUCAUCAUUCAAAGAACAUAUAAUAAUUCACAAAACUGAAAAAGCAUCGUUUCAAUGUACAGAAUGCGGAUCUUGCUUUGUUGUAGAGCCAUCCCUUAAAAGACAUUUACUAAUUGCUCAUAAAAUUCACGAUGUUGAUAGGUUUCUAUCAAAAACAAAUUUGACAUCUAGAGUUUCAAGUGAAUUUGAAUGUAAAGUUUGCUUCCAAACAUUCGAAAACAAUGAUCUAUUGCAGACUCACCUACGGAUUCAUGGAAUGGCUUUCAUCCAGUCUACAAAAUCUAGAACUGCAAUGAGUAAUCAUUCAUCAUCCAUUUCCUAGCAUUUAUUAGAAAAAUAAAGUCUUUAACUUUACAUUUAGUUAAAAUAAACAAACACUCAAGAAAUUAUUUGACUUUAAAUUAUCCAUGAUCACACCAACCUGUUUAACAGGUUCCGUAAUAUUUUAGUUUUAGCAAUAUAUUUUAACUAUAAUAAAUGGACUUAACAAUUCCUGAGAGGAUUGAUCUGAAAAAUGUUCCUUGAUAUAAUGGUAUAAACAUGUACUUAAAUUUUUAGGGAAAAAUUUAUUUCUCUAUUAAGCAGUUUACCAUAUAAAAUAAUUAAUGUUUCAUAAUUUAUCAUAUAUUUAUGUUUUAAUUUAUAAAAACUUUUCCAAUAGGACAUAAUCUAUCUGUUAGAUUUAUAUCCAAAGUACCAACCACUGUCAGUGGGGUUUGUUCAGUUCAAUUUUGUAUUUUAAAAUUAAAUUUAUUUAACAAAUAUUUCAGCAAUAAGACUGCAGAUCUCACUUUCUGAAUUACGUUUAAAAAAUUUCAAUGUACUGUAUUAUUAGGCUGCUCUAAUUGUUCUGAUUAAAAAUAUAUUUUGAA